GUUUUAUUCAUCUUUUUCCAUUCACUCUCCUGAAAUGUGAUAUCACUUAAUGACCGCUUCAAUGUAUGCCCUAUCAGUCUCCAAUUCCUUCUGCUUAUUUUUUGGGUGAUAUGUUCUUAAAUGAUUCGCUGCUAAAAAUGUUUCUUGUUGCUAAUCCUUUUGCGGCGCCAUUUGAUCUUCUGUAUCGGUGUAGUAUAGAAAGCUGUUGAUGAAAGUCUGCAGUAGUUUUUUGUGGCAAUACGUAGCCUAGUUUUAUUUAGAGCGUCCACUUAAAACUGUAACUAUAGUCAUAAGUGAGGUUUUUACUUUAUUUUUCUAAAGUUUUCUGUCUUGCAAUGGUAGCCACAGAUUUACACUACAAAUAUGUGAUCUUACAUUGGUAACGUCCACUUUUAUAUCACUUAGUUAUUGUGUCAAAAAUUUUCUGAUAACUUCUGUUCCUUUAAUAUCUUCAAUUUCAUCAUAGAUGUACCAAUGGAAUUAACUCUAACUGACUUCAGGAAAUCAUGGAUCGUCUUGUUACCAGAGAAUAAUCUCGUUGACUUAGAAUAUGCAGAUGAUAAAGUCCUUCUAGGUGAGGAUGGUGACAAAAUACAGAAACUUCUGUACAACUUGACUAGCAAUCUGCGAAUGUUUGGCGUGGGACACACUCUCGCCAAAUGUAAGAUAAUGCUACAGGAUUGGAUUAUAUCGACUCCUAGCUUAGAAAUAGGGAGUGAAGUGGUUGGUGGUGUGUGGUAACCACUUAUUUGAGGAGUUGCAUCAGCCAACGCCAGCAGGUUGAUCGCUAACGAAAUUUCAGCAUGGAUACAGAAGGCUUGUUCGGCAUUUAUUAGCCAACUUGCGCCAUCUCUGGCUUAGUAGACGUGAUCAAAGGAUGUGUGUACUGCUCAUCGCUUCGCUCUGUCCUCCUUUAUGGCUGUGAGCGAGACUUAGUCAAUGAAGGUGGAAGACAUGAAAAGGUUAGCUGUCUUAGUUCAUAGAUGCCUGCGCUCUGUCUUCCUUGUGAAGUGGUAUAAUAGGGUGAGCAAUAUUGAGGUUAGGCAUCCGUCGAGUGCUAGGUAAGGAGAGGAAAUGAAUAGACGAGUUUGUGAAGUUACAUCGACUGAAAUGGUUGGGACAUGUGUUACGAAAGCAUGACUAGCCAUCGCCUUCCUCAACAAUGGGCAAUGUUAGCUGACAUAAGAUGGAUCAGGUUGUAAAAGAAUUAGCUAGCGGUGGUUAAACCAAAACAUGGCUUUAUCAGUCAAUGAAAUCCACAACAGUCAGUUGAAGCCAGCCAGCCACGUAGGGAGGUGUAGACUUGGGACGGUAAAAAACAUUGAAAGCUGCAGACAAUUGGUGAUAUGGCUCGAAAUUAUUCUCGAUGACUUGUGCAGAUGCAUCCACUUCUUGUGAUUUGUAAUAUCCAAUAAAACUAUGUAUUUACAAAUGGCUGAUUACAAAUCAAACAGUCGUGAUGAUGUUGACGAUAAUGAAAAAGCACUGGAAGAAUUCGACAACUGGCUGUCAAACACUUCAUCUACCUAUUCCACUACUCAUCCUGGAAGAAAUUACUUAAAAAUUGCUACAAAUUUAAAAUCAGGCCAACGUGGUCUAAUUGCUUGUUGUAAUAUCAAUGCUAAUCAGUGUAUUUACUCUAUCCCGCUGAAGGAUCUACGUUAUAUUCUCACUCCACUAAGAUGCACUUUUCUCCUGAAUACAUGUCAAUGUUUUCUUACGAAAGAGUUUAAACAAAACCACAAAAUUCAGUUAAAUUCAUUUGAUAUUCUUGUCACAUUUAUCUAUCAUUGUAAGUAUCCAAGUAGUGCGCAAAGAGAUUGUUUUAUACAGAAUAUUUGGUCACCGUAUAUCAAUGUUCUACCAAAUCGUUAUCCAAAUCCUGUAUCAUAUAUUCUAUCGUCUACUGAUUAUAAUAACAGUAGUAUAUUCAAUGCGAACUGCACAACAAGCUCUUCGCCUUAUUUUCAUUCCUAUGACAUCAAUAUAGCCUUUAGAAAUAUAUUAAAACGCGUAACAAAAUCAUGGCAUAAUCUUAAACCUCUGUUGUGUCAUAUUACCAAUCAAGAUGAGCAUACAAGCGAUACACCGUCGAAUGAAUUUCUAUGGGCAUGGUUUACUGUCAAUUCUCGGUGUGUUUCAUGCCCCAUGAAACAAGAGUCAAUCUUAAAUAUUCAACAAUUUUUUCAAGCCUUGUUUAAAUCUUAUUCACAAAGUGAAAGACGUAUUUUGAACAUGAUUAUUGAGAAUAUUAUUCAACUGAAAGAUGAUACUACUUCUACUACUACUACUAAUACUGAUGAUAAUAAUAAUGAUGGGGCACAUACAAUUGCUCUAAUACCAUUUUUUGAUUUUUUCAAUCAUAAUCCAAAUAUUGCUACUAACACUAGGUUGAUUUUAUCAAACGAUACUAAUACAUUGGAAUUAUAUUUAGAUCAAGAAGUUUCUGAAAAUGAACAGGUUUUUAUCAAUUAUGGUCCACAUGACAAUUUAACGCUAUUCACUGAAUAUGGAUUCAGUCUUCCUCAUUUGGAAGCGAAUGCUACAACAACAACAACUACUACUACUAAUGAUGUCAUUUAUUUAAGUUCUUGUUUUCUCAUAGACUUAUUUAUUCAGUUAUAUAGUGAAAUAAAAGUGACAACAUAUCCUCCAUCUGUCAUUCCUCCUCGUCCUCUACCUUCAACAACAACAACAACUGCUGCUGCUUCCACUUCUACAACUACUUCCUUCUCUUCAGUGUCUAGUAGUCAUCUGUCGCCAUCCACUUCCCAGAGAAGUGAAUAUAAAUCAGAAGGUGACCAACAAUCGGAUAUUGUCAUUAUGAUGCGUGAAUAUUUCUACUUAAUUCUUGCUAAAUUACACCUUCCUCAGCCGAAAACUUCAUCGAUUCAAGACGACAUUCUAUGGAAAUCUGUUUAUGUAUCCAACAGUGUUGAUUUGCAUAACUCAUCGUAUUAUCUAAGUUUAAUAUUAUUCUUAAUGUAUACAACAUUUAUCACUGGUACUACUACUGAUAAUCAUAAUAAUAAUGAUAAUAUUAGUAAGCAGAAUCACCGAUCUCUUGAUGACAUCUUCAACAUCUCAGAAGAUUUGAUCUCAACAACUAUUCAACCAGUAUUAAAUAGGAUUUAUACACUUCUGUUAGACAACAUAAAGUGCGAUCGUGAGAAAAUUUUACAUCUUCUGAAAUCAUCUCUAGAAGCGCAAGGACGAGUAACAAGAACGCCGACAACAACCCAACCGUCUUGUACAGUGAAUGAUUUUUGUAAGGAAUUUUUAUACUAUUUAGAACAACGUGAAUGUUUUGUUCAAGGUUUAAUGAUGAAUUAAUAAACAUUUUCAUUAUUGAUUGCCUUCUGCAUAAUCUAGUGAGCACAACAGAUUAAUUCUGGACAGUGUUUAUGUGAUGUGUAGAGUUUGCUAUUCGAGCAGAAAU